AUGGCAAGCGACGGAACUACCGCCGUGGUGAUGGACAACGGCACAAGUAUGAGCAAAGCAGGAUUUGCGGGAGACGACGUCCCCAAAAUGGUGUUCCCCACUGUCGUCGGGAGGCUCCGUCACAAAGGAGACCUUGUGCGGAAGGACAGCUACGUGGGGGAUGAAGCGCAGAGCAAGAGAGACGUGCUAGCUUUGAGGUACCCUAUCGAGCAUGGCAUGGUCACCAACUGGGCUGACAUGGAGAAGGUCUGGCAGCACAUCUACAAUGAGUUGGGGGUUGACCCGAAAGAACGCCCAGUCCUGCUAACUGAAAUACCCCUGAACCCCAAAGCCAACAGGGAGAAGAUGACGCAGAUCAUGUUUGAGACCUUCAACACGCCAGCUUUGUUUGUGGCCAUGCAGGCGGUGCUGUCCCUGUACGGCGCUGGCCGUGUCACCGGAAUUGCCAUGGACUCUGGAGACGGCAUCACCUUCCCUGUGCCCGUCCGUGAGGGUUACGCGCUGCCCCACGCCAUCCUGCGCGUAACCAUGUCUGGCAGCGACCUGACGGACUACCUCACGAGGCUCCUGGUUGAGAGAGGCUACAGCUUCCCCACCUCUGAGAGAGACGUCGUGCGGGAUAUUAAAGAGAAGCUUUGCUACGUCGCCCAGGACUUUGAGAACGAGAUGGCCGCAGCCUCCUCGGAAAAGUCCUAUGAGCUCCCCGACGGCCAGGUGAUCACCCUCGGUAAUGAGCGCUUCAGGUGUCCCGAGUCCCUCUUCCAGCCCGCCUUCCUAAACAUGGAGUCCUGCGGCUUCCCCGAGACCGUUUUCAACUCAGUCAUGAAGUGUGAUCCGGACCUGCGAAAAGAUCUGUUCGCCAACGUAGUGCUGGCGGGCGGGAACACCAUGUACCCUGGCAUGGCUGACAGGAUGCUAAAAGAGCUCACGGCCUUCGUCCCCAGCUCCAUGAAGACCAAGAUCAUUGCUCCGCCAGAACGCAAAUAUUCCACCUGGAUCGGCGGCUCUACCUUGGCCUCGCUCUCCACCUUCCAGCAGAUGCUGAUCAGCAAGCAAGAAUAUGAUGAGUCCGGCCCAUCCAUUGUCCACCAUAAAAUGUGUUUCACUAUUACUGACUGAAAUAACCAUUUCGUCGGUAGAGAUAAAGAAUAGCACUAACACAUAAAACACG